AUGGAGAAAUCGGAAGGCCAGCAACAACGGCAGUAUUUAUGGGUCAACAAGAAUGAGGCGAGCUCGUCGUUAACCAAGGGCGACCCUUCCGAGAGUAAAGCCAUUUUCCAAUUCGUGCAACAUCAAAGAUCAGAUGUUCCUCAUAGAACACAGGAUGGGCGAUAUGGACGCCGCAGCCUUGCCUCACGACCUCCAGAUGUGCCGUCCGCUAGAUCAAUGCAAGGGCGACUGCGACUUUCUCAACUUCGAAGCCCUCCCAGGACUUUGCCAAGUUCUACAUCAGUCACCUCAAGUUCUGCUCAAGACGAUGAACAGUCACAGCACUCUCGAACCAAGGUUGUCUCGCAUCGUUCACCCAGCCCGGUUUCAGUACAAGAAUGGAUCGCCAGAUUUCGCCGAAGCUGGGCAUCUGUGCCAUCCAGCAAUUUCAUGCCGGGCUCUAGUGUUGAUCCUUUUUCUGUCACACCUUUGCCUUUGACGGGGAAUGUAGAAGUCUUGCUACGGUACCACUCGCUCAUGACUGCCACCGGCUCUCAUGUUGACAAGGUUGAAGUUCUCCCACCUCACCUUCAACCUGUACAGAAAUACAACAAGGUCGGUCAGACAAUGCUUCAAGGCUGUAUGCAGAACAAGCUGAAAUUCUCCUCAUUGCUCAUGAUCAUGGCUGCUAGGAUGGUCCAUCUCUCCCGAAUACCCUUAAUGGGCUCCGCACAACCUGAGUACUACAUGCAGAUGACGCUGAGGUCUGUGCGAGAAAAAAUGCUUGAUUGUCAGGAGAAAGGGAUUCAUGCCGACGCUCACCUAGUUCAAAGUAUUCACGGCCUUGCGCUGGCAGCAUGGAUCUGCCAGCUCUUUGAAGAGGCGUCGACCCACGUGCGGGCUGCAAAAUCCCUGCUGACACUCUUGGACAUGGACGAUCCCUAUCACGCGUUCACAGCUCAAGGUCUUGUCAACAUUGACAAGAUGAUAUGCAUCGAAACGGGGUGGGUUCCUGAGUUUCCAGUGCUAUUCGAUCCUGGCCCAAUGAAUCCCACACGACUUGCACUGAUCAAGGAAGAAAUUGCAGAUUUUGCUGCUGCUCGGCGUCAGCCACCUCUGUACCCGCACAGUCCAGUACCACAGGCAAUCAAACCUUCUAGAGCCCUCAUCAGUCAUCAAGUCGAUAUCCUUACCGACGCUUCAACCAUAUUUGAUUUUAGGUUAGGUCGUGGCUUCGAAGAUGCGCUGCAAGCUGGGCUCAUGAGUCCCGCUCUGGCAACGAUUGUCCGUGACAUUUUAGAUUGUGUCGCGGUGGGGAAAUAUGUAUGGAGGACGUCAAAUGCGACCCGAGAAGAUGCUGAAUGGAUGUGCAAGCGGAUGCGCGCUAUUUGCCACCGACUACUCCUUCUACCAGCUGAUCUGCAUUUUGCUGGAACAUCAAUUCAAGCAAGCAAAGAUGAAGCACUACGUCUCGCCUUGCUCCUCAUCGUACUAAGAUGCACAAAUCGCAUGGCAUUUCGAUCUGCUCAGCCCAAUAUGCGUCGGUUACAACACGCGCUGUUCGGUAUUGACAAGAACUGGGCUUCUCAUCCUCGGCUAUCUCCCUCACGCUCAGAAUUACCUGUUGGGGAAAGACCAAAAGAGGGACUCUCUGCCCCCUCUACAUCAACGGCCCCGAGCACAGAUCAUGAAAAUUCUCUUCUCCUCUGGACAUUGAUGACAGGCCUUUUCAACGCACAAGACGAACCCGAAGAAGCUUGGUUCAUGCUACGAGCGGCUUUUGUUGCACGACAUCGCCUCGGAAUCUUGGAUUACGAGAGCCUUGAGAACUUCAUGACUGAUUUCCUCUUCUCUAAAACACAGCAGCGGAAAAGCCUGUUAGCAGUAUCGUUAUAUCUUUCGAUGUGA